AUGUAUUCCUGUGCUGAAUUUCAAGUAGUAUCAGUAACUGCUGAAGUACAGGAAGUGGCUUUGCUUCAUCUCUAUUUUGAACAAACUGAAUCUGAUUCAUGUUGUGUUAUUACUGCACAGACAGAAAAAGGAGAGCAAAGACAGUGGAGGAAGAAGUGGAGAGUAGGUAGUGUUCUUGAAUACUUCAAUUUGCGUCUUCCUCAACUGUCAUCGAUCGUUUCUCCUCAAGAUCGCCAGCAUCAGUGGAUUGAACAUAGAGUUCAGCUGGAAUGCUUUGAGGUGCCAAGGUCAGUAAUACUAGACAAUAGUUAAGGAGAAGUUCGCUAAAGCAGCUUCUGUUUUGAAGGAGGUGUUUGAUUUUGCUGAUCACCUCUCUUGGGAGUUUGGGAGUUUUGAUUAGGGCGCUACUCUUAUUGACAUGGUAGUCCAAAUCUUUUAAAUGGGUUU